AUGUCGCUGCCAGACAACGUACGCGAAGAGCUACGACAACUAAGUGAAGACUUAUGGGCUUGUCCCGAGCCCUCGGGCGAAGAACAGUUCGCCCAGCAGCGACUGUGCGACAUGCUGCGAAGCAGGGACUUCUUCGUCAUGCCUAGCUACCUGCUGCCGACCGCCUUCUGCGCUGAGUUGGUGUUCAACGAAGAUACGGGACCCACUGUAUGCCUUGUGUGCGAGUACGACGCGGUGAGAGGCCUCGGCCACGCCUGGGGCAACAAUCUGGCCAGCACCGCAUCCAUGGCGGCCGCUCUGGCUAUCCAGAUGGAAGCCGCCCAGUCGUCCUCUGGCGCCACUCCCUGCCGGGGCCGACUUCGAGUGCUCGGAACACCAUCCGAACUCCACGGCGAGGGAAAGGCUCUGCUUCUGAACAAGAACGCAUUCGCGAAUGUCGACGCUGUGCUCGCCACGCGACCCGCGUUUGGUCCUGCAAUGCUGUACUACGGAACACCCUUCGCUACUUUCACCCGCGUAACCUAUCACGGCCGCGAGAGCUCCUCGGUACUGUGUCCCUGGCAGGGCAUCAACGCGCAAGACGCUGCGGUGGCCGCCUACCGCAAUGUGACUCUCCUGCGCAGAGAUCUACCGCCGCAGUGGCACGUCUCCGGCAUUCUGCGGCCGACAGAGAAUCAGUCGCCACUACGCGUGCCGGAGCGCUGCCGGCUCGAGCUGUUCGCCAGCACACCGAGCGGUCCCGACUUGCUGGAACUGCAGAAGCGGCUACGCUCGGCUUGCAUGGGGCCGUGUCACUCCACGGGCUGCAUGGUGUCAUUCGACUACCAGCGCCCCUACGUAGAUAUGAUGGCCAACGAGGUUCUCGGCCAGCUCUUCCUGGAACACGCACAGCGAACUGGCGUCUCUGAUAUUGAUCUCGGAAACAACGGAUCAUAA